UGGCUUGAUUCAGUCAGUCGGUGAUCAGCAGUUGGUGGCGGUAGAAGCAGUUCUCUUCUGAAGAUUGCUACAAAUCUCAAGUAGCAGCAUUUAGUUGCAUUGAAAGUGAAAGUGCAUUGAAAAUUUGGUACACUUUAAUUAGUCAGAGUUCCUUUAUAAAUCUGUGGGCUUCCCAGAAUUUAAAAAUAAUAAUAACAAUGCAACAUUUAAACCGCAUACCGACGCGCCAAUUGGUCGCGUUCACGCAGGCCACCAACAAAUCUUGGCAGCUGCCACGUGUGCUCUACCAAACACGUUGCUUAGCCACCGUGCCUGUGGGUGAGGUGUUGUUUCCCUCGAAAUCUGACUUCCCCAGCCGUCAUAUUGGCCCACGUAAAACAGAUGUGGUCGCAAUGUUGGAUACGCUGGGCUUCAAGUCCUUGGAGGAGCUAACGGAAAAAGCUGUGCCGAAGCGCAUACAAUUGAAGCGUGAUCUGAACUUGGAGAAACCGCUGAACGAACAUGAGCUCGUGCGUCAUAUACGCGACAUCGCCAAGCGCAAUGAGAUUUGGCGCUCUUACAUCGGUAUGGGCUAUCACAAUUGCCAUGUGCCACAUACGAUUGUGCGUAAUGUCUUUGAAAAUCCCGGUUGGUUUACACAGUACACGCCCUAUCAACCGGAAAUCGCACAAGGUCGACUGGAAUCACUGCUGAACUAUCAAACUUUGGUUGCCGAAAUGACAGGAUUGGAUGUGGCGAAUGCAUCGCUCUUGGACGAGGGCACUGCCGCCGCCGAGGCCAUGAGCUUGUGCACGAGGCACAACAAGCGCAAGAAGAUAUAUCUCUCAAAUAAGUUGCAUCCACAAACUUUAUCUGUGGUGCAGACACGCGCCGAAGCUUUGGAGUUUGUGACAGAAAUCGGACCGAUCGAGAGUGCUGAUUUGGAGGGACGUGAAAUCUCCGGCAUCUUGUUGCAAUAUCCGGAUACUUUUGGUGAUGUCAAGGAUUUCGAGGAUAUUGCGGAGAAGGCGCGUAAAAAUGGCACUCUAACUGUAGUCGCCACUGAUCUGCUUGCAUUAACACUGCUCCGACCGCCCGCAGAAUUCGGCGCCGACAUCGCCAUUGGUACAUCGCAACGUCUGGGCGUGCCACUCGGUUAUGGUGGUCCCCACGCUGGUUUCUUCGCUUGUAAGCAGAGUUUGGUGCGUCUAAUGCCGGGUCGCAUGAUUGGCGUUACACGCGAUAUGGACGGCAACGACGCCUACCGGUUGGCAUUGCAAACACGUGAGCAGCAUAUACGUCGUGACAAGGCAACCAGCAACAUUUGCACCGCUCAAGCCCUUCUCGCCAAUAUGUCUGCUAUGUACGCUGUCUAUCACGGUUCCGAAGGUCUGAAGGAAAUAGCUAAUCGUAUACACCACUUCACAUUGGCGCUGCAAACAGGUCUACGUGAUGCAGGACAUCAAAUUAACAACAAACACUUCUUUGACACUCUGCAUGUCACGCCGUCGGAAAGUCUGUCGAUUGAUGAGAUCAAAACGCGUGCCGCGCAGAAGCGCAUUAACUUCCGCUACUUCCCUGAUGGUAGUUUAGGCGUAGCUUUAGAUGAAACGGUGGGUCCACAGGACGUUAAUGAUCUGUUGUGGGUCUUCAAGUGCAAGUCACUAGAUGAAACACUAGCCGCACAGGAUAUACUCACAAACUCCAUUGAGCGCUCGAAGUUCCUGCGCACAUCUCCGUUCCUGCAGCAUCCGAUAUUUAGCUCACACCACAGCGAAUCUCGUAUGGUUCGUUAUAUGAAACGGUUGGAGAAUAAAGAUAUUUCGCUCGUACAUUCCAUGAUUCCACUUGGUUCCUGCACUAUGAAACUCAAUUCUACCACCGAGAUGAUUCCAUGCUCUUUCCGCCACUUCACCGAUAUACAUCCAUUUGCGCCUGUCGAACAAGCAAAGGGUUAUCACCAAAUGUUCAGUGAACUAGAGAAGGAUCUCUGCGAGAUCACCGGUUAUGAUAAGAUCUCGUUUCAGCCAAACUCUGGCGCUCAGGGCGAAUACGCUGGUCUGCGCGCAAUUCGCAGAUAUCACGAACACCGCAAUGAAAGUCAUCGCAAUGUCUGUUUGAUUCCCAUCUCGGCGCACGGCACCAAUCCAGCGUCUGCCCAAAUGGCUGGCAUGAAAGUCGAACCCAUACGAAUUCUCUCCGAUGGCAGCAUCGAUAUGGCACAUUUACGCGACAAAGCAUCAGAGCACGAUAGUGACUUGUCCUGUCUGAUGAUCACCUACCCAUCCACAAUGGGUGUAUUUGAGGAAACGGUUGCUGAUAUAUGUGACUUGAUACACAAGCAUGGCGGACAGGUAUAUUUGGAUGGCGCUAAUAUGAAUGCGCAGGUGGGUCUGUGUCGUCCCGGCGAUUACGGCAGCGAUGUCUCUCACUUGAAUCUACACAAGACUUUCUGUAUACCUCAUGGCGGUGGUGGUCCCGGUAUGGGUCCCAUCGGUGUUAAAGCACACUUGGCACCAUAUUUACCAGGCCAUCCUGUGAUCAGCCCAUUGGAAUGUGAACAGGAAAGUUUUGGCGUAGUUUCAGCUGCACCAUUCGGCUCGUCCGCUAUUCUGCCAAUUUCCUGGUCAUACAUCAAACUUAUGGGUAGCCGUGGACUUAAACGCGCAACACAAGUCGCCAUCCUUAACGCGAACUACAUGUCCAAGCGUUUGGAAAAUCACUACAAAACCUUAUAUAAGUCGUCGAAGAGCCAACUUGUGGCGCACGAGUUCAUUCUCGAUUUGUGCGAUCUGAAGAAGAGCGCCAAUAUUGAGGCGGUAGACAUUGCUAAGCGCUUAAUGGACUAUGGCUUCCAUGCACCCACUAUGUCUUGGCCCGUGGCAGGCACUUUAAUGAUUGAACCUACAGAGUCUGAGGACAAAGAGGAGUUGGAUCGCUUUUGCGAUGCGAUGAUUUCAAUACGUGAAGAGAUUACCGAGAUCGAGGAGGGACGCAUGGACAAGGUCGUGAAUCCUUUGAAGAUGGCACCACACACGCAAGCGCAAGUCAUCUCUGACAAGUGGAACAGACCGUAUACCCGCGAAUUGGCUGCCUUCCCAGCGUUGUUUGUUAAACCCGAUUCGAAGAUUUGGCCCACUGUUGGAAGAAUCGACGAUGCCUACGGUGAUAAGCAUUUAGUUUGCACCUGUCCACCUAUUCUGCCCGACCUGUAGACCCCAUAAUGUUUGAAUAAUGUGCUCUUUUUAAAUAGUUUAAAUUUUAAGUAAAGAUAAGUGUAAAAUAAAAAAAAUAUAUAUUUUAUUAAAAUAUAAAUAUAUCUAAUAUAUAAAAUUCU